AUGCACUCGUUCCUCACCACCUCUGUUCUUUCAGUCCGAGAGAAUGCAAUCAAGAACAUCCUUUUUCGUGCAUCGACGAUCCUACUCCAGUUCUUCAUUCUCAGGACGUUCACUUUCAUCGCCGCUAGGUUACAAGCAUACACUUCGUAUCUGAUGUUCACAGAAGACAUCGUGCAAAAGAUCCUUUACGUCAUGUCGCGCAGGUUUAAUCGACAGGCAAUAUUGGUCCUUGGCUUUGCCGCCCUCAUUUCACUUGCAGGGUUUUAUGACACCCUGCUUUGGGCAUUGGAUUCACCUGGAUACAUCAUCAAAUCGAAAACCACCAAUGCUGAUUCGUUGACCAAUGAUCUCAUCACCAGUCCCGCGUACAUCACACUCAUAUCGAACCCAACAAAUAAUGUGCAGGACAUUAACGUUGACGCCGCGAUAGCAGCAAAUAUGUUCACCGCUGGAUUGAACUUCACGUUACCAGGCAUCGUUGAACCUGGUGUGAGGGAGAUUGUGCCUCCACUCCAGCCCAUCAACAGCUCUGGACCUCGUAUUUGGCUUGACGAGGAUGGGUUUUCUGUUACCGCACAGUACAUAAGCUGUCCAGUCCAGACUCUGUCGGAAACAACGCAAAGCUGGGGAUGCUGGAUCAACAACACAAAUGCACUUACUUUUUUUGAGCAGGCGUUAGGCACACCUCAAAUCUACUGGGAUGAUCAACACAGUGAUUACCUCUUCCCGAUUCGAAAAGACAAUCCGUGGGAAUCCCUUGGGACAGGUGGGGAUACGGCGUUGAUGAAACAAGUGUUUACGGUGACGAAAGAUCGACGGAGGCACACCUUCAUGGAAUCGGUGUUCAAGACGUGCAUGAUCAAAACAUACCUCAGUCCCUUCAAUAGCAGCGAAAUUUCGGACCUCCUCCAGAGGACUUGGUCUCUCGAUCCCGAUCAUCCCACUGGCACGAAUCUCCAGACAUUGACCGAAUACGUUCUUUAUACGCAGGGAAAUGAGACGAGUGCCACCUUUGGUGUCUUUAUACAACAGCCAUACACCUCCCUAUGCGCCACCGUAGAAUAUUUCAACGUGGUCAAUCCAAUCACAAGUCAAAAGUACUAUUCCGCCCUCCGCAUCACUUCCACUAAUAUCACCCUGAUCCGCUCUGAAAUACUCUCUCAGGCACCCACUCCCCUUCCGUGCAACAUAUUCUCUACAAACCUUUUGACUGGGGGCCAACUUCGCGGUUCUACGUGUGCCCCAUCCCUUGAUGUUACAAAAGCGUCUUACGCUACCCAGUUGGAUUCUUCCGCAGUCAUGAUUUUGAACGACGUGCUUGGGGAUGGCGCUGCAUCCACAAGCGCCGUUGCUUUCAAUCAGACGGGGUGGGAUUGGUAUGUCAACAAGUAUAACCACAUCAACGACGUGCUGACAUCACGAGCACUCAUUCUGGGGGGAAACCGUUCAGCGGUGCACGUGGAAGUGCAGCACGUUGAGGCUGCUAUUUCAUACCUCCAGCUCUUGCUCAUGCUUCUAUCUGUUUUCCUCGUUUCUGGCGGGGCAGUCGUGGUAUUGCGAGCGGAGUCCAUGAGUUAUUAUAACAAUUCCUUGCUCGCCGCUGUAUGCACCACGACCCACCUUACCACUAGAGAAUGCGGCAGGGUGGGCUACCUCCACAAGCCCCCGGAGAUAACGCUGCGGAGGAGGGGAAGACAUGUAGUACUCAGUACACCUGAGGGAGGCACCCUUGCACAUGUCGGUGCAGAUCAGGUUGUUGCGCAUAGUAUGGUCACUGAGCCCUGGACGGAGCUGGAGAGUUCGUCUGGAGUCGAUGACCAGUUGUUGACCGCAGAUUCGACCACGUCUUUUGCGUCGUCGGAGAGAAAGGGGAUCAUGAUGCGGUCGAAGACGGACGAAGACCACUCGGAGAGCGCACUAUACGAUAUUUCCUUUGGAGAGUCAUUGGAAUCUCGAAUUCGACCACGCCUUUGA